AAGAAAUCUUGGAGAGGCGGCGGCGGCGGCGGCGGCUCUGUCCUGCUUUGUCCGUCCCCCCCUUGCAAGGAGGAGACCAGCAGUAAAAGAGGAGGAGGGCCUGGUCCAAGAGACCCCCCAACUUGGAGGCAGCUCUGGGGCUGGCUGGCUGGGACCUGUGGCCCCUUGUCCCUGCCCCUUUCGGGAGAUCUCCAAACUCCUGCGCUCGGGACUCUUCCCCUCUGGACCGGGAGAGGAGGAGGCGUAGGCGGCGCCCAGGCAGACAGCCGGCAGCCCAGCCUGGCCCCGGCGGGGGUCUCCCGCUCGCUCUCCCGCCUCGGCCCGGCUGCGCCCCGGAGUCAUGCCGCCGCCGCCGCUGCCCUGCCGGAGCUGGACGCUGGCGCUGCUGAUCCUGUUGGUGGGGAUCCUCCUCUUUGCCGACAUCUCCGAGAUCGAGCUGGAAAUCGGGAAUUCUGAAAGCAGGGGUGCGAUCAGAUCAGCACUGAACGGCUUACACAGCAAAUCUAAUAGAGCUGAAGUGGCAGUAAAUGGCUCCUUAUCUCCAGUUGUUGCUGACAGAAGUAAUGAAAGCACUAAGCACCAUGAUGAGCCGGCCCCAUCCAAAUGGAGGCACAACCAGACCCUCUCUUUGAAGAUCAGAAAACACAUCUUGAAGUUUUUGGAUGCUGAAAAAGACAUCUCGGUGCUCAAAGGAACUCUGAAGCCUGGGGAUAUUAUCCACUAUGUGUUCGACAGGGAUAGCACCAUGAAUGUUUCUCAAAACCUCUACGCCCUCUUGCCCAGGACUUCACCACUGAAAGGCAAACACUUUCGGACAUGCGCCAUUGUGGGCAACUCAGGCAUCCUGCUGAAUAGCAGCUGUGGAGAGGAAAUUGAUGCUCACAGCUUCGUGAUCAGGUGCAAUCUAGCCCCGGUCCAAGAGUACGUCCGGGAUGUUGGGAUCAAGACGGACCUGGUCACAAUGAACCCGUCCGUCAUCCAGCGUGCCUUCGAGGACCUGAUGAAUGACACCUGGCGGGAAAAGCUCCUGCAGCGCCUGCACAGCCUGAAUGGCAGCAUCCUUUGGAUCCCGGCGUUCAUGGCCAAGGGCGGCAAGGAGCGUGUGGAGUGGGUCAACGAACUCAUCCUCAAGCACCGCAUCAGCGUCCACACCGCCUACCCUUCCUUGCGCCUGCUGCAUGCUGUCCGAGGCAGGAGCCCAGGGGGGCUUUUGCCUCAUACCCUACUAGGGAUGGGUGAGAAUUUUGAUUCAGGUCGCAUUUGGGAUGCAGUUCCCCAGCUAAACAACAUUUACAAAAAGGUACUGGCUGACAAACAAAGUGUACAUAAAACGUCCAACCACUGGCCUCCUCAUGUACACCCUGGCGACCCGCUUCUGCAACCGGAUUCACCUCUACGGCUUCUGGCCCUUUCCUCGGGAUCAAGACCAGAACCCCGUGAAAUAUCACUACUACGACACUCUGAAAUAUGGCUACACCUCCCAGACCAGCCCGCACACCAUGCCCUUGGAAUUCAAAGCCCUGAAGGCCCUUCACCAGCAGGGAGCCUUGAAACUCACCGUGGGGGAAUGUGAGGGGGCCACGUAGGAUGGGCUUCUGGGCAACCCACUUUCCUAGAGGCAAUGCACCAUGGGAGGAUGGGGGAGGGGGAGGAGCAGCAGGUGGUGGUGCUGGUGGAAUUGGUUUUCGUUGUUAACGUCCAGAAUGGGGAUGCACGAGAGAUGUAUCCGGGGCGCAGGUUGUGCUCUGUGUCUGAGCGGUGCUGCUGUUUGGUGUUCAUGGAUGGAACAGGAGGAACAGAACUGAGGAGAGGUGCAGCCCAAGGCAGGGAGAACUGGCUGGGUGCAGAAGGGGGUUGGUGUUUUAUGGCAGCCUUCCCUCCCUCCACAAGUUUGGGAAGCUGCUGUGGUUUGUAUGGGUCUUUAGUGUGACAACUAAAUGUUAGGCCAAGUGUCGUGAGUGGUCUAGAAUUGGUAGAUAGGGCCUGUUUGGCCAAGAAGCUGGCCUUUCGGCUCGUGUUGUGUUCUUGAGGGGGACUUUGGGGUGGGGGUUAAUCCUUAGAUCUUCCUAAAAAACAAAGAAGGGAGGGGAGGAAGAUGCAGCAGCUGCUGUUAGUUCUCCAGGGGCAUCCGUCCCAGAGGCGUCGUCUGAGUUUUACCCCUCCCAACAGCAACUGUUUCCUUAAACAAUGGCGCCCUUUGGUUUCAGAAAACGUGCAAUGGAUUUCCAAAGCGUUGCUUGAGAAAGGCAAGCAGAAGAUCGUUGGAGACGGGAUGGUUGGGCUAAUUAUUAUUUCUGCAGGAAGAGAAAAUACCAGGGCCUCAAGAAGAUGUAAUGUGGCUGAUGUAAAAAAAAAAAAAAAUUAAACACAAACAAAAAGUUGAAGUGGACUUUAAAAGGCCCCUUGGUUUUCUUUCCUGAUUGUUUUCUGCCUUCGUUAAGAAAAGUCAUUGGGAUGUAGUACAUAGGAGGUGCCUAUCCAAAGCAGUUGGUGUCAAGAGUUUCAUCUUUUCAAAGACCUGAGGAGGGGGUUGAGACCCCCCUCUUUCAGCCAAGCUCACGGCCAAAUUCUUCAGCUGAACCAAACUGCAGGUGUCAAAAACUAGUUGAAUUUUACAGAUCACCCAAGUGACUGCUUUGCUGUGGUCUAG